CAGAUGGCCACAGACAAGCUAUACCUCAAUGUCAGCGGCGAGAUCUUCCGCGGCGUGCGCCGCUCCACUCUGUGUGUCAAGAAGGGAUCUGUCCUGGCCUCGCUGUUUGGCGGCUGCUUCGACGGUGCGGUCGUCCGCGACUCGACCGAUCGCAUUUUCCUUCCGGCGUACCCACCGGCCUUCAAAUGGUCAGCUCUCACACGAAGGACAGACGUAGGGAGUGUGGUCACGUUUGCAGUGUUGUUUGUGUCACGUUCUGUGUGUCAGGCUGGCUGAGCAGCUGCGCUACUAUGAGCUGGGCGACGUCGAGGUCAUCGAUCUGCCGGCCGCGAAACAGACAGAUCUGCCGCACACGUGAGAGAGUGACCGACAUAACACCGCAGUCACCUCGUAUGUGUCUGUGGGUGUCAGGUAUUGGGUGGAUGCCCUCCUCUGCGACCCAUCGGCCCCCGAGCAGUCCCCUCCACCACCCGACAAUGACAGCGACCCUCAGAGGACCGAAUUAGACAACACGCAUGAGAGUCCAGCAGCUGAUCCACUACCAGCAGCCCUGCGCAUCAGCACCGAGCUCACAGCCACUCUCAAGCAGAUCGAGCAGGCCAAGAAGGCCGAGCUGGCCCGCUUGGAUGCCAUCAAGCCAUUCCUCGAGACAAGCAACACAGACGACGAUCAGGUGCACAUACAAAGACAGCGAUGGGAAGGCUUCCUUCUGUAUCGUCUCGGUCGGAUGUCUGUUCAGUUGGUUUCCAUCGAUGUGUUGGGGUCGAGUGUGGCCAUCACCCACGCGGUGGCCAAGUCGUUAGGCGGAGAAGACAGCACAUUCUACGGACGAUUCACUCGGUGAGAGCACAACGGCACUGAGGGAUGCCAUCCGCCGGCACUCACAUGUGGUGGGCUGUUGCUGUGGUUCAGUUACAACGGCUCCACUGACUGUGGCCUCGACUGCGUCCGCCGUGUCGUCGACGUCGCUGUGCGGGCCCACCAGGAGCGCCGGACCAUCACAUCAGCUGACGUGCGGGAGGCAAUGGGCGAUGUCAGUGCUUCUCAAUUCCGUCGGGCGCUCGACGUCUUCGGCAUCGGCGCCGAUCGGUACCUCGGCCCGACUGACGGCCUGCUCAAGAGCCAGCACCUGCACAACAUCAAGGAAUGGAGACAGAAACAGAAAUGGGGACAUCCCGGGGCUCCUCUCGCCCUGCCCGUGUUGCCGUCUCAUGUGGGCGAGCCGAUCGAGCGCAUCUACAAGUGACUGAAGUUGCCAGCCAAGAGAGCAGGAGUUUGGACGACUGUAUUGCACUGAUCGUUUGUUUGCAGGGCGUCGGUUGAUGGGUGGCGUUGGCUGGACUUUGUCGAUGCCGUCAGGGGCCAAAAACCGUUGAUCAUAAUCAUGCGGGUCAAAGACAGGUACAGACAGACAGAAAGUCAGACAGACGGCAGGGGCACGCACAACAUAGGCGGAGUACCGACGUGUGUUGUGCCUUUCAGUCGUGAGCUGUCUGCUGUGGUCCUAUAUGACAAGAUAGAGGUCUCAGGUCUCAACCAGACGGGGACAGCUGCCUUCUGUUUACCUACAAGCUCGAGGGGACACUGGACUGCCCCUACGUCGGAGACCUCUGCUGCGAUCCGUGGACCUUUCGGACAGUGAUUGCCCGGCUUACCUUCACACGAGUGGCGAGACUGGAGCAAAAGACAGAGACCACUGACCUGACCAAUGCGCCCUCGCCUCUGUCCUGCCUGCUGGCUCCGCCGGGGAUGGACAUCGGCAUCCCCCAGGGUGGCGUCCCCAAGGCAGCCAUGGACACACUGCUCAACAAGUGCCAGGGCUUCGCAGUUGAAGGCAGUGAGCCUGACGACUGGGCCAGUUGGCAGCGACCAACUGUCGAGUGUCGGGCCAGCCCGGCCAGUUGGCAAGGACAUACUGUCGAGUGUCUGCUGGGUUUGUUUCGUCCCGUGUCUGUGUUGGGUUUUCACUUUGAGCUCGAUGAAAUGGAAGUCUAUAGCGUCGCCUCAGUGGGGAGGUGCAUUUCAGACAUGAAAUGGAAGGCAUGAGGUGAAUUUCUUGACAUCUGCACAUGGAGAGCUCUUGUGCCAUGGGUGAGGGAUGUGUCGCAAGCUCUUUUUAGGAGGGACGGG